AUGUUCCAAAGUAUUGCUGGGAAGGAAAAUUUGGAGAAGGCAGAUCUUGAACCAGCUUUGAAGGAUCUAAAAGACAGACUUAUGACCAAGAAUGUGGCUGCUAUGAAAGAUGCUCUUGUUCGUAUCUUGACUCCAAGGCGUUCUAUUGACAUUCUGAGAAAUGUUCAUGUUUCCAAGGAGCAAAGGAAACCAUAUGUUGUGGUGUUUGUUGGAGUCAACAGAGUUGGAAAGUCAAUAAAUCUUGCCAAGGUGGCUUACUGGCUUCAUCAGCAUGACAUCAAUGUAAUGAUGGCUGCAUGUGACACUUUCCGUUCAGGGACAAUCGAACAGUUGUGCACUCAUGCCCGUAGGCUCCAGGCGUUGGAAGCAGGAGGAGGUAUGGUUUCAUCAAUUUUGACUGUGGUGGGUGUUGGAAUAGAUCGUGACAAUGGUGUUGGUGUUGUCAAUGGAGAAGGCGAGAUGAGAAGGAGGAGGAUAGAGAUGCGAUAA